AGUCUUGUAUCAACUUAAUCGCCUAAAAGUCUUUUUUUUAUGUGAAUAAUCUCAAAUCUCGCAGUCAAGAGAUCGUCUACUUAUAAUGUCUGUUGCUGAAUUUUUAAAAGGCCUCCCGUCACACGAUGAAAAUAAUUUUGCAAAUUUUCAUACUGAUAACGGAAAUCGGACAUGUGUCAAGAGGCCAUCAGUCUAUCUUCCUACUAAGGAUUAUCCUUCCGAACAAAUCAUAGUUACUGAGAAGACAACCAUUUUAUUGAGGUAUCUUCAUCAACAAUGGGAUAAGAAGAAUGCAGAUAGAAAGAGAGAAUUUUUGUCUACCAACGGUGACUCCCAGGAUGAUGCAUCUACAAUACGCAGUAAAAGGCCACGUCUCGAUUUGAAUAACAGUCUUUAAAAUAUGUUACUUUUUCAUAUGAAAAUAUUAUUGGAUAUUUAAUGAUUUAUACACGAUAUAAAUUAAGUAUUUCAUAAUAGACAUGUUGGAGAUACAUUAUUACUUAAAUUUACAAAAAUAAGUCAUUUUUUUUACAAAUAGUUAAAAAA